AUGUUUCAACCCCGAAUUGCCCUCCGGGGCAUUCGGUUGCCAUUCAGGUGUUUACCGGUCAUAUCCCCCGUUCCGAUUCGCCGUUUUGCUUCCGUCGUGAAUGAAGUCGAGAAACUCGCGGAAACUCCCUCUACUUCUUCAAUUGACCCCAGUGCUGCAUUUGCACCUCCCCCAACCCGUGACUCUGCGGGUGUCGUUCUGCGUACCUACACUCCCCGUACCCCCGGUGUGCGACACUUACGCCGACCAGUCAACGAUCAUCUAUGGAAGGGUCGCCCAGUUCACCGAUUGACUUUCCCCAAGAAGGGACACGCCAAGGGUGGUCGUAACAACUCCGGUCGAGUCACUAUGCGUCACAUGGGUGGUGGUCAUAAGCGUCGAAUCCGUACCGUCGACUUUUUGCGAAUGGACGCCGGUCCUCAUCUAGUGGAGCGUAUUGAAUACGACCCGGGUCGUACUGCUCAUAUUGCGCUGGUCCGCAGCAAAGAGACAAAGAAGUUGAGCUAUAUCCUCGCUGCCGAUGGCAUGCGAGCCGGUGAGACAGUGCAGAGCUACAUGUCUGGUAUUCCGGAGGACCUCUGGAAGAGCAUGGGUGGAACUGUUGAUCCUGGUGUUCUGGCUGCACGAACUGCCUGGCGAGGCAACUGUCUCCCACUUCACAUGAUUCCCGUUGGAACUCCCAUCUUCAACGUUGGAUUAAGAGCGGGCAAGGGUGGUCAAUUAUGCCGUAGUGCUGGAACCCAUGCUACAGUUGUUGCUAAGGGUACCAACUCUCGUCAAACAGAAGUUGAGAGUGAGAAUCCCGAUGCCGAGAAGAAGCCUGUGUCGCUUCGUGAGCGUCAGAAGCAAGAGCGCCUCGCUCAAUAUAUCACCGUCCGCUUGUCUAGUGGAGAGGUCCGUCUUAUCCACCGGGAGUGCUGUGCUACCAUUGGUGUUGCUAGCAACCCUAACUACCACUACACCCAGCUGGGUAAGGCUGGUCGUUCGCGUUGGCUCAACAUUCGUCCCACUGUUCGUGGUCUGGCCAUGAACGCCAUGGAUCACCCUCACGGUGGUGGUCGUGGUAAGUCCAAGGGUAACGUGGACCCCAAGAGUCCAUGGGGUAUUCCGACCAAAUCCGGUUACAAGACCCGCCCCAAGUGGAAGAUCAACAAGGCAGUUGUUACCCCCAGACCUCGCAACCAAGGUCGUCGCCGUCGUGGUUACAAUUAG